AUGCAUUUGUUCUGGAGGUCAGCCGCUCCGUGGACCCGCCACCACACGCACAGGCACUUCGCGACCGCGGCCGAGCGCGCGAGGGUCCCUCAGACGAUCAUCGAGAAGGUCGUCCAGAAGUACGCCGUGGGUCUGCCCGAGGGCAAGCUCGUCAAAGCGGGCGACUAUGUCAUGAUCCGCCCUGAACAUGUCAUGACCCACGACAACACAGGCCCCGUCAUAUCCAAGUUCAAGUCCAUCGGCGCAAAGCGCAUACACAGCCCAUCGCAGCCGGUGUUCACCCUCGACCACGACGUCCAGAACAAGUCGGAGAAGAACCUCGCCAAGUACGCCGGCAUCGAGGUCUUCGCCCGCCAGCACCGCAUCGACUUCUACCCCGCCGGUCGCGGGAUCGGGCACCAGGUUCUCGUCGAGGAAGGCUAUGCCUUUCCGUACACGCUCACCGUCGCGUCGGACAGCCACAGCAACAUGUACGGCGGCGUCGGGUGCGUGGGCACGCCCAUCGUCCGCACGGACGCCGCGGCGAUAUGGGCAACGGGGAAGACGUGGUGGCAGAUCCCCCGCAUGGUCAACGUCGAGCUGCGCGGCAGGCUCGCACCUGGGGUGACGGGCAAGGAUGUGAUCGUCGCGCUGUGCGGCUCGUUCAACCAGGACGAGGUGCUCAACGCCGCCAUCGAGUUCACUGGCGACGGCAUCGCGGCCUUGUCCGUCGACGAUCGCCUGACCAUCGCGAACAUGACUACCGAGUGGGGCGCGCUCGCAGGGCUGUUCCCCGUUGACGACGUGACGCUGCGGUGGUACGAGAGCGCGCUCAGCAAGAUCGAGCGCAGGACGUUCCCUUCCCCCGAUGCCUCUAUCCCCCCGCCUCCCGAACACCCGCGUAUCAACCGUGGUCGACUCGACGCUCUCCGGGCCGCACCCCUCUCCUCCGACGAGGGCGCGGAAUACGCUUCGCACCUCAUCCUGGACCUCUCCACGCUCGUCCCACAUGUCUCCGGCCCAAAUAGCGUCAAGGUCUCCACGCCGUUGCCCGUCCUCGAGUCCGCGAAAAUCCCGAUCCAGAAAGCCUACCUCGUCAGCUGCACCAACUCCCGCGUCUCAGACAUCGCCGCCGCCGCGGCCGUCGUGCGCGGCCACAAGAUCGCACCCGGCGUCGAGUUCUACAUCGCAGCCGCGAGCUCCGCCGUGCAGCAGGAAAGCGAGCGCCUCGGCGACUGGGAAACGCUCAUCACGAGCGGCGCGAAGGUCCUCCCCGCGGGCUGCGGGCCCUGCAUCGGCCUCGGGACCGGGCUCUUGGAGGAGGGCGAGGUGGGCAUCAGCGCGACGAACAGGAACUACAAGGGCCGGAUGGGCCACCCGAAUGCGCAGGCAUACCUCGCCAGCCCGGCCGUCGUUGCCGCGAGCGCCGUCAGGGGAUACAUCUGCAGCCCGGACUCGCUGGACCCCGCCUCGCUCCCGCCCGCGGGGGCGCCGGCGUUCUCCGUCUCCACGCCCGAGUCGCAGCCUGCGUCUGCGUCUGCGGCCGCGCCUCCCGCGAGCGAGCCCCUCGUGCCCGGCUUCCCCUCGACGUUCGCGGGCACCCUGCUCUUCGCCCCCCAGGACAACCUGAACACCGACGGCAUCUACCCCGGGAAAUACACGUACCAGGACGACAUCACGCUUGCGCGCCAGGCCGAGGUCGUGAUGGAGAACUACGACCCCGCCUUUGCCGGGCUCGUCGCCUCGCUCCUGAAGGACGAGGGCGUGCGCACGCACGCGGCGGCGGGGCCCGGCGUGCAGCGCGGCGUCGUCCUCGUCGCCGGGUACAACUUCGGCACGGGCUCCUCGCGCGAGCAGGCCGCAACGGCGCUCAAGGCGGCGGGUGUCCCGCUCGUCGUCGCGGGUUCUUUCGGGGACAUCUUCAAGCGGAACGCGAUCAACAACGGGCUCGUGUGCGUCGAGAGCCCCGCGCUCGUCGCGGACCUCACGCGCGCGUACGCGCGGGGCGGCGCGCGCGGCGCCGGGGGCGUGGACGGGGCGCUGACGGUGCACGGCGGCUUGGAAAUCACGGUCGGCAUGGCGGACGGGAAGGUCGUCGUCGCUGGAUUCGAGGGCGGGCCGAAGACGUAUCAGAUCAAGCCUGUGGGCGCUAGCGUGCAGGAGCUGUGGAUCUGUGGAGGUCUGGAGGGGUACAUCCUGAAAUCCAUCGAGGCUGAUGCUUAG